UAACAUUCACCGAUACAGCAUUCAUCGUAGCGGUCGCACGUGUUUACUUCGGUGUUUAAACUUGGAGAGGACUGAAGCCGAAAUAUACAUAUAUAAGUCAAAAUGCCGCGCUCCAAACGUGAUAAGAAAGUUUCCUUGACCAAAACCGAUCGCAAGGGUCUCGCAUGGAAGCAACGCAUCAUCGACGACAUCCGAUUUUGUGUGGAGAAGUAUCCAAAUAUAUUUGUGUUCCAGGUGCAGAAUAUGCGCAACAAUUUGCUGAAGGAUCUACGGCAAGAAUGGAAACAAAAUUCCCGUUUCAUUUUUGGCAAAAACCGCAUAAUGCAAAUCGGAUUGGGUCGCACAAAGGCCGAGGAAGUUGAGAAAGGAAUACAUAAGCUUUCAAAACGCCUGACUGGUCAGGUUGGUCUGUUAUUCACAGAGAAGAGCAAAGAAGACGUAUUAAAGUGGGCAGAGAAAUAUUGGGCUGUGGAAUAUGCUCGCAGCGGAUUCACGGCAACGGAGACCGUGACCCUGCCAGCUGGACCUCUGGAGGAGUUUGCGCACUCAAUGGAGCCUCAUUUGCGAUCACUGGGUUUGCCCACUAAACUGGAGAAGGGCAUUGUGACUAUAUACAGCGAUUAUACGGUUUGUGAAAAGGGCAAAGUGCUGACUCCGGAGCAAGCGCGAAUCCUAAAACUGCUGGGCAAGCCCAUGGCCAAGUUUCGCUUGACCAUGAAGUGUUCAUGGACUAAGGCUGACGGCUUCCAAUUGCACGUUAAAGAUGAUGAGCAGGACCAGAAUAAAGAAACAGAUACCCCAAUGGAAGAGGAUGAGGAUGAAGAGGAGGAUGACGAUAAUGCAGAUGAUGAUAUUGAUGAAGAGUAAAUAGCUAAGAUUUCAAUUAGAAAUUAAGUUUUAUGAAUAUGUAUAUAAUAAUUAUAUAUAUAGCUAUUACAA